UGAUUACUUUCUGUAUUUUUCCGUAAUUUUGGUUGAUAUAUGAGAAAAAUAUCUAGUUUUAUGUUGUUUUCUUUUAUGUUAUGAAUGAGUUUAUUAAUGGAUUUUUUUUGGAACUCCUCUUUUCUGUGUUUUUUUAGUAAUAGUGUAACGUAAGACCAACUGAGCGCUACGUGUUGAUAAUACUCGAAAUGGAGGUAAGUAUUGGGUGAUUGGAUCCUUCUCCUCGACUGACGCGGUGUCCACCACUUGUUGAGCCGUUGGUAUGUCAAAGGGAAACAUAGUUUUCCUCCACCCGGAUUUGGGCGUAGGAGGUGCAGAAAGGCUCGUCGUCGAUGCAGCGAUAGCAUUAAAAAAUUCCGGUUACGAUGUUAAGUUCGUCACGUCGCAUCACAACUCGGAGCAUUGCUUCCCGGAGACGAAAGACGGCACUUUGCCGGUUGAGGUCAUCGGAGGGUGGAUCCCGAGGAACGUGUUCGGCAGGCUCUUCGCACUCCUUUCAUGCCUUAAAAUGAUAUACUGCGCCUUUUAUGUGAUAUUCAAGUUGAAGCCGGAUCUAGUUUUCUGCGAUCUCGUCUCCGCUUGCAUCCCCGUGCUGAAGAUGGGUGUUAAAAAGGUCGUCUUUUACUGUCACUAUCCAGACCAGCUUCUGUCCAUGCCUGAAGGCCUUCUGAAGUCUUUGUACCGGUAUCCGCUCGACUGGCUCGAAGAGAAGACCACCGUCAUGGCAGACAAGCUGUACGUCAAUAGCAAAUUCACGCAAGAUGUUUUCUGCACGACAUUCAGAAGGAACAUGACCGUUGUGCCCGAUAUACUUUACCCUUCGAUUAACACCGUAGCGUUCGACAGGCAUACAGAAAUAAAACCCGAGCACAGCUUCAAAGAUGAAUUUGUAAUACUAUCUAUAAACAGGUACGAAGCAAAAAAGAACAUCGAGAUCGCAAUACUGGCUUUGAGACAGUUAAGAAAUGAACUUGACGAUGACAGAUGGGACAGAGUGAAGUUGAUAAUUGCAGGUGGGUAUGACCCAAAGGUCCAUGAAAACAUUGAAUAUUUCGAAGCCCUUGUAAAACUUGCAAAAGACACCGGCCUCUCUGAGAAAAUAAUCUUCUUAAAAUCACCUUCUGAAGAGUCCAAAAUCUCGCUUAUAAGGAGAUGCGAUUGCCUCAUUUACACUCCUCCCAAUGAACACUUCGGCAUCGUCCCUUUGGAAGCGAUGUACGCCAAGAAGCCCGUGAUCGCCUCAAACUCCGGUGGGCCUACAGAAACCGUUCUCAAUAAUAAAACUGGUUUCCUCUGCGAGGACAGCAGCACAAGCUUUGCGAAGGCGUUAUACAAAUUGAUAACGGAGGAAAAUCUGAAAGAAGAAAUGGGCCGAGCUGGUUUCAAGAGGUUCCUUGAAAAAUUUUCUUUUUCCUCAUUUUCUAAUCAUCUUAACAAUGAUAUUGAAGAUCUUGUUGCUACAAAAAAUAAUUAAGUGUAAGAUAUUUGAAAAAAAAGAGGAAAUAUAUGUGAUUUUAAUUUAUUUCAACUGUAUAUACUGAUAAAUAUAAUUGUGAAACAUUACUGUUUAAAUGUUAUUGAUUAUAAUGCGCCUCGACUUAAACCAGUGUUAAAUGAUCUCUUGUGUACUAUAACAUAAUGAUGUUGACUAAGACUAUUCUUUAACAUUUUCUUUGCUGAAGUCAAUUAUGGGUCUCAGUACCUGGUGGCUGAAAUUAGAUUUUUCAAGAGGAUCCUUGAAAAAAAAAUCCUCAUUUUCUAAUCAUUUUAACAACGAUUUCGAAGAUCUUGUUGCUAAAAAAAAUAAUGGUAAUUAAGCAUAAGAUAAUUUAAAAAAGGGAAAUAUAUAUGUGAUUUUAAUUUUUUCCAUUGUAUAUACUGAUAAAUAUAAUUGUGAAACAUUA